CAGCCACAAACAGGUUUAAACGCUGUGAGUCACACGGGUGCAGGUUUAUUAUUGGGUUUCUGAGGAAUGUCAUUCUGAUGACACAUCUCUGAUGUAGCAACACGACCGCCCAUCGCACGUCUGUACUUCCGGUAGACCUGGUUUUAAGUUGUUAUUCCAACAUGUUUCCGUAGCUAACAGCAUCGACACGCCGGGUCGACAGUCUGAGUGGACAAGGAGGACAGGCUCGCUGGCCAUGGGGAACUCUUGCACUCAUCUAGGGAUCCCUCCUGCUAAGGGUCCCAACGCUGUGGGAUGCACAGACUUCAUGAUGGAUCACACUGCAAAGGGCAGCUUCUUCAGACUUUACUAUCCGUGCCAGGAGACAGAAAAGGCAGAGAAACCUGACUGGGUCCCGUGUAGAGAGUAUUUUAACGGCCUGGCAGACUUCAUGAAGAUCAACAGGAGUCUCAGUAAAGGGAUUUUCGACCACCUCUUUGGUUCUUUUAAGAUCCCAGCCUACAUGGACGCUCCAUUCAAGUCGAAUGAAAAGUGCCCUGUGGUCAUUUUCUCCCAUGGCCUUGGUGCCUUCAGGACUUUGUACUCGGCGAUAUGUGCAGAACUGGCUUCACGUGGAUUUAUUGUGGCAUCAGUAGAACACAGAGACCAGUCUGCCUCAGCGACGUAUUAUUUUAGUGAGAAACCAGCAUCAGAAAGAGCCAAAGGCAAUUCUCCAAAAACAUCUGCCUCGGCUCCAGAGGACUUAUUAAUGGAGUGGAUGUACUACAGAGCUUUACGGCAUGGAGAGAGGGAAUUCCCACUCAGAAACCAGCAGGUGAAACAGCGAGCGGAUGAGUGCAUCCUGGCUCUGGAUAAACUCACGGAAAUCAAUGCAGGUGCAGCUGUUCGCAACGUUCUGCACACGCCGUUUGACUGGACGACACUGGAGAACUCCAUGGAUCUGUGUCGGACUGCAAUAAUGGGGCAUUCCUUUGGAGGAGCCACAGCUAUUGAAGCUCUCUGCAAAGAGGUUAAAUUCAAGUGUGGAGUCGCUCUGGAUGCCUGGAUGUUCCCUUUGAAUGAUGAGAUCUUUCCUCGAGUCAAGCAGCCAAUUUUCUUUAUCAACUCCGAGAAGUUCCAGUGGGCGGGGAACAUCGGCCGCAUGAGGCAGCUGGACUCCGCCGUUAUUCAGAGGAAGAUGAUCACCAUCAGAGGGACAGUCCACCAGAGCUUCCCAGACUUCACCUUCCUGACAGGAAACUGGAUUGGGAAGCUGAUGAAGCUUAAAGGAGAGAUCGACCCAGAACUGGCCAUAGACCUCUCCAACAAAGCAACCUUAGCAUUUCUACAGCGCCACCUUGGUCUGGAGAAGAAUUUCAAUCAGUGGGAUCUUCUGAUUGAUGGGGAAGAUAAAAACCUCAUUCAAGGAACAAAUGUAAUCCUGUUUCAGUCUGCCAUCUGAACUGCUGCUGUGUCUCAGAGACAGAAACAUCUGAUGGCCAGCUCUCUCCUGGGGCUCAGGAAGCCCAAGUCUGAAUAAGACCACGGAGGACCCAUCAGAGAGCACAGACGGUCUACCUCAUGAGCAGGAGGAGCACAGCACCAAGUGUAAGGCUGCUUAUAUUCUAAGGCCUGACCGUUGGCCUUACGCAGCUGAACAUCUCUUUUUCACUGUUGAUAAAAAUGUUUAGCUGCAGUUCCUCAAAGAAUUUUUGUACCAUUUUAAUAAUGCAUAGAAAACCAAUUCAUUUAAACAAAUCUGCAUCUCACUGGAUACAUGAUUGCCGUGUGAUUAUGUCAUGAGAUAUUUUAGUAGUAAUUUAACAAUGUGCCCUGACCACGGUUAGACUGCGUUUAAAGGUUGGAUAUGGAACACAAGCACCAAAGCGACAUCUAGUGUGUGGAGGUUGUAGUUGCAGCUUUCACUCUGAACAAAGUUCAUCUUCCUUGAAUCAUAACUUUACAACUUUACAGGUUGAUAUAAUCAAAUGUGUUGAAUGAACAAGAUGUUUACAUCCCAGAGUGUUUGAAUAAUAUGUGCAUUUAAUCAAUGAUGUGUUAAAAAGAAUAGUUUUCCUGCAAUGAUUCAGUUCAGAUCUUAAUCUACACCAGAUCAGUGUUUGUUGAUUUAACAAGUUGAUCUAUCACUAUACUCCUACAUCAUAAGAUGAAUAUUAAGGUUUUAACGUUCACUUUACAUAAAUGUGUAAAAAACAAAAAAACAAAUCACACAUUCACUCAGAUACUCAGAGGUUAAUUCUUGGUGUGGAGGGGAAAUGUUUCUUACACAUGUGUGUGUGUGUGUGUAAAGUUGUAAAGUCAUUUAUGAUUCUAGUUAGAUGAGCUUUAUUCAGAGUGAAAGCGCAGAAAGCCUCGUCUUCCAGCACUUAUACUUAUUUGGUUGUGAGGUUGUAGAUCUUUUGAGUUUCUCGUUUGGAGGCCAGACGGAUGUAACCAUCCCGGGAUGUGUGACGCAGUUUGUGUCUGGAGAUUAAAAGUUAAUUUCUGCUCAUUGUUGAUGUAAAUACUUGACCUUUGGAUACGCUACGCAACAAUAGAACAAGGUUUCCAGCCACUGGGAUACCAGGUUUGCUGCAGAUACAAGAAAUGUUUCAUUCGGGUCCGUUUGUACUAGGCUUCACCUAAACACGUUCUGGUUUUAGAUCUUUUAUGGUCGCUCCUCUUCUGAGGAUAACAUCUUCUGGGCUCAGAAGCAGGUGCUAGACUUGUCGAGUCUAGGACCAGCCUCGCUGUGCUGAGCUGUUUGGCCACUGAAAAUUAAUAUUUUAUUAUUUUUAAUUAAAGUGUAUUUUUUUAAACAGGAAAUACUAUAACUUCAUUCUGCAUACCUAUGAACAUCCUGUGGAGGUAUUAUUUUUUUAAAUAUUGCUUUUUAUUAAAUUGUUCCAUAUUCAACCUUUAAUUAGCUUUGCAAAGGUAAAAUUAGUAAAUAAUCCUAAUAGACCACUUGUUCAAGCAUCACAAAACACUAUAAAGCUGCAGAAAAAAAAACAUGUGCCUUAGCUCUCAGUUCAUCCUUACUGAGCAACGUAAAAACUUUUAGAAAUUUACUGUCUGAAUAACCUGCAUGUUUUAUAGAAGUCCAAUAAAUUAGCAAUGAAAACAUG